UGUUUAUUUAAAAACAUUUGGUUUGUGUACAAAACGUGUUUGGCUUAAUUUGAUUUUGUUUCUUUUAAAUUAUUAGUUAAAAUGGUUGAAAUUGAAGGAUAUAAAGUGGUGCCACUUCGCAUGACUCCCGAUGCCAAACAUUGUCACAGCAUUUACAUGCGGGAGCACUUUAUACGUCUAAUGGACCCCAAUAAACCCAAGGGACGGACACUCUUUCUGCUCAAUAUUCCUCCAUAUGUGACAGAGGCCAGUCUAAAAGUGUUCUUCAAGCAAUUCGGCAAAGUGGAAAGUGUUCAGUUUGCCGCCAAACCGGGACGUGAGGAGACAAUCAAGUGGUAUGAGGGAUUGGAUGAACCCUUUUCCAAUGUUAAGGCGCCCUUCAUAUUUAAAGUGGCAUAUGUGGUCUUCGAGAAGGGCAGCAGCAUUGGCAAAGCCUUGUCCAUCGAAAGUCUAGAUUUGUUCAACAGCAGCCAGGAGUGCCUGAUUAAGACCGGAAUGGAACUCUGGCAUGAGGAGUAUGAACAGAAAUACCUACUCGAUCCAGAGGCCACUAAAAAGCGCAUUAAACUGUACAUGGCCGGCUAUGAUAAGCGUGAGCGGGCUGCUCUCGAGGAGGCCAAAACAAGUGAAGCCGAUGCCGAUGGUUGGGUCACUGUGGGCAAGGAGGGACGCAAUGCUGGCUUCGAACAGAAAGAAUCUGUAAUCGGACGCAUCGAGAAUAAAUUGGCCAAGGACAAAAAGACGAAAGAACUGAAAAAUUUCUACACCUUCCAAAUACGCGAAAGCAAAAUGCAAAAUAUUGUCGAAAUGCGCAAAAAAUUCGAAGAGGAUAAACGUAAAAUUGAACUUCUCAAACAAUCGCGACGCUUUAAACCGUUUUAGUCACAGUAUAGCCAUAGGUUAAGUUUGUGCUUAAUAAAACUUCUUUAACACGA